UAAAUAUUUGCUACAAAUUGUUUCAACUUGCUUCAGUCCAGGUUGGCUUUUUAGCUUUAAUAUUUCCUAGAAAAAAUAAAAAGAAGAAAGCAGUUGAUUGGGACUUUUGUCUAUUGCCUGGUGGCCAAGCAAGGGUUGGUGAAACUGGCGCACAUUUGUCUCAUAUGGACUGGGUUUUAUUCCAUCUUUUUCUGAUACGAGACUUUGCACAUAAAUAUUAGGUUUUCAGCAGUCAAAUAUCUCCAUACGGGCAAGGUAGAGAGAAUUUGCAAGCAAUUAGCACACCUUCUCUAAUGAAUCCAACAGCAAUCCAAUAUAUCUCAGAAUGCUUCAUCAAGCCCCAACACGUAGUUGAAGAAGCAGAGCAACCUUACUAUUUGUCCCCAUGGGAUCUCGCUAUGGUCUCUGUUCACUACAUCCAAAAAGGUCUUCUCUUUCCCAAGCCACCACGAGAAGACUUCAAUAUCUUACAUCUGCUGGAGAAGCUCAAGCACUCCUUAGCUCUCACUCUUGUCCAUUUCUAUCCACUAGCCGGUCGCCUUGCAACUUCUAAGAGUCAAGACCCUCCUUCAUAUGUAAUCUAUGUGGAUUGCAGAAAUAGCCCAGGAGCUAGAUUUGUCCAUGCUACUGUUGACAUGACAGUUUCUGAUAUUCUUUCACCUACUUAUGUUCCAUCAGUAGUUCAAUCCUUCUUUGACCAUCAUCGAGCUCUUAACCACGAUGGUCAUGUUCGGUCUUUGCUAACUAUUCAAGUUACAGAACUGGUCGAUGGAAUCUUUAUUGGGUGUUCUUUUAACCAUGCUAUCGGUGAUGGGACCUCUUAUUGGCAUUUCUUGAAUACAUGGUCUGAGAUUUUCCAAGCGGAGGGAGAUGAUGGCGCAGCAAUCUCACGGCCACCAGUAUUAAAACCCUGGUUUCCUGAUGGUUAUGGUCCUGUAAUCAAUCUUCCUUUUACUCACCAUGAGCAAUUCUUAUGCCCAUUUGAGUCACCUGUACUUAAAGAAAGGAUUUUUCAUUUUUCAGCAGAAUCUAUUGCUAAACUGAAAGAAAAAGCAAAUGCAGAGUACAAUACUAACAAGAUUUCUUCCUUUCAGUCGUUGUCUGCAUUUAUGUGGAGGUGCAUAACCCGAUCCCGCCAUUUACCACAUGAUCAAAUCACUAAUUGCAGAUUAGCCUGCAAUAACAGAUCAAGAUUCAAUCCACCUUUAUCGCCUAACUACUUCGGGAACUGUAUUGAUGCAAUCGCAGCUUCUAGCACAGCGGGGGAACUGCUACAGCAGAAUCUUGGAUGGGCAGCAUGGAUGCUGCAUCAGUCUGUGGUUAAUCAGACAAGUGAAAAGAUUCAGGAGCGAAUUGAAGCGUGGAAGAAAUCACCUUUUAUUUAUCACAUUGGUCGUUCUUUUGAUCCCUUCAGUGUGAUGAUGGGAAGCUCUCCUAGAUUCAAUAAGUAUGGCUGCCAAUUUGGAUUGGGGAAAGCUUUGACACUUCGCAGUGGGUAUGCACAUAAAUUUAGUGGGAAAGUGUCAGCUUAUCCAGGACGUGAAGGUGGUGGAAGUGUGGAUUUGGAGGUUUGUCUUCCUCCAGAUUCAAUGGCUGCUCUUGAAUCUGACAAGGAAUUCUUUGCUGUUGUCUCUCUGCAACGCUAGAAGUCCAUGGGGCUAAUAUUCUAAUAUUUCAAUAAUUGGAUUCCAAAAUAGGGAAGACUUACCUACUCCUGUCCAGCAUAUGGGUUCACCCAUACAAUAAAUCCAGCAUUAUUUGUAAUCACUAUUUGAUUUUUUUUUUAUAUAUAUUUAAAAUUUAGAGAUUAAAUUAUGCAUUUGUCCUGUUCUCAUAUCUACACAUCAGAUCAUGCAAGUCAGCGACUUGUGUCAAAGACCAGGUUAAUUGUCUAUUGGGCUUGGGCCCAUAAAUACUACUGUUAAUUUUACUAGUCCA